CUCAAACGAGCGAACCAUAGAGUGGCAGUAAGUAGCAAUGCAUUGUGGGAUGCUGGAUGACUGCCUUUGGGAGGGGACAUUAUCGCUGAAGUGACCGCCGCCGUGAUCCAAUUUAUACCGGCAGAAAAAGGCGGAAAUAGAGGGGUGCUGAUUCUCAGCUGCAGCCUUUGUUAAGAUUUGAGAUAAGGAACAAGUCAUUAUACAGAAUCUUCUUAGUGGACUGCUGAUAUGUAUGAUUGUUCUUGUGCAAACCAGUUGAGAAAUUUUUGGCAGAAUACCUCUGCAUCAUGUCUCAGACUGGAGAGAAAGUCAAGUUUUCUGAUUCAGCUGGCUACGUGGGAUUUGCCAAUCUGCCAAACCAGGUCCACAGAAAAUCUGUGAAGAAAGGCUUUGAAUUUACCCUUAUGGUAGUGGGAGAAUCUGGUUUGGGAAAAUCAACCUUGAUAAAUAGUUUGUUCUUAACUGACCUAUAUCCUGAAAGAUACAUACCAGGUGCUGCAGAGAAGAUUGAGCGUACUGUUCAGAUCGAAGCCUCCACUGUGGAGAUAGAAGAACGAGGAGUGAAGCUGCGACUCACUGUGGUUGACACACCAGGAUAUGGUGAUGCCAUUAACAGCCAGGAUUGCUUCAAAACCAUCAUCCACUACAUAGACAAUCAAUUUGAGCGAUACCUUCACGACGAGAGUGGUCUUAACAGGCGGCACAUCAUUGAUAACCGUGUUCAUUGCUGCUUCUAUUUCAUCUCACCUUUUGGACAUGGAUUGAAACCCUUGGAUGUGGAGUUUAUGAAAGCCCUUCAUGGAAAGGUGAACAUCGUUCCAGUGAUCGCAAAGGCAGACACUCUGACCUUAAAAGAAAGGGACAGGCUGAAAAGGAGGGUUCUGGAUGAAAUUGCAGAGCAUGGAAUCCGCAUUUAUCAGCUCCCAGAUGCAGACUCUGAUGAAGAUGAAGAAUUCAAAGAGCAGACUCGGGUGCUUAAGGCCAGCAUUCCCUUCGCAGUCAUCGGCUCCAACCAGCUCAUUGAAGUAAAGGGGAAAAAGAUCAGAGGCCGUCUGUACCCCUGGGGAGUGGUAGAGGUAGAGAACCCUGAACAUAAUGACUUCCUGAAGCUCCGCACCAUGCUGGUGACACACAUGCAAGAUCUACAAGAAGUCACUCAGGAUCUGCACUAUGAAAACUUCCGGUCAGAAAGAUUGAAACGCACGGGCAAGCCGGUGGAAGAAGAAGUCCUUGAUAAAGACAUGAUUCUACAGCAAAAAGAAGCUGAACUGCGGAGAAUGCAGGAAAUGAUUGCCCAGAUGCAGGCACAGAUGAGGAUGAAGCCUUCUGGAGAAGAGUGAGGCACAAUCUCACAAGGGUCUGUGGAUGAUCGCUGAACUUGGCACCUUCAAACGGUUUUUGGAAGAUGGAGCCCUCCAGUGGUUCAACAUCCCCCUGUCCCCCACUCCCAGUCUGUCCUUUUAUUGAGUGUUUGCUUCUUUAUGUGGUAACCAUGUAUCUUGUCUGGAUUAGUGUCCUUUUUAUACUCACCUAUAAUAUGAAUAGCCUGCACACAGCACCCCAGAUAGAUGUCUGUGCAUGUUGCUAGAUUUUUUAAUUUUUAUCUGAUGAUACAGAAAGAAAAGCCUGGGAACCUUUUGCACUGUCCUAUGUAUAUCAGUAUCACUAUGCCUGUAUUCAUAUUCUUUGUUGCAUAUUGUAUCUUCGGUUUAGCGUCCCAUUUUGUACCAGAGGUGCCUGCAUAUUGGGCUUGGAGUCACUGUGGUGUUUAAACCACAAAAAUCUGUGAAAUUAUACUGCAACUAUAAACUUACGGUACGAUGAAGGGUUAGAGUGAAUCAUUUAUUCUAUUGUCUAAACCUUGGCAUGUGUGGUUGAACAGCGGCCCUCGUGGCCAAAAAUCCUAAGCAACCUAUGAGAUGUUUCCAGCUGGUAGCAGACCGUAAGUGCCUUGAUGAUUGGGUUACAUAUGAAUUUGAACACUUUUUAUUGCUGUGUACAACUUUUCUAGAGAACACUACACUGCCUGCAGUUACUGUGCUCCGUGUUGCUAUAAUCUGAUCAUAAGCUGUGACUGAGUCUUACAGCUUCAGAAGUGAUAAACACUGGCACAGGUACCUUUGAGAAGCACAUGCCCAUCUUCCUGUAGGGCUUGAGGGCCCAGAUGCUGGCUCAGCACAGAGAUGCACAGUCUAACUAUAGAUAGCUAUUAGCACCUGAAAUAAUUAAUGUCAUUAAGACAGUGUGUAAAAGUAUAUCAUUGGGAUAAUUUGCUUCUAAAUACCAUAUGUUUGUCACUUAACAUGUAAUAUUAAACAUUCUGCACAUCAGUUUAAAACUGGCUGCUGCACUGUUUAUAUCCAUGCUCUGAAGAAAUAUAAAAUCUUGAUAUAUUUUAUUCUUUUAUGAAGGUUAAGGUAUACACCUUGUACCUGGGAAGGACACUAGGAGUUGCAGAACUAUUUCAGUUAAACAAAAAAAACAAACAGUUUUUUUUGCCAGUAGACUGUACAUUAUCUGUAUAAGUGUGAGACCACAUUUAAAUGUUCAGUGUUGUUUCUUUUAAACCACCGGUGCCUUAACAAUAUAUAAUAUAAUGCUAGGUCUGUCUACUUAAAGGAGAAGGAAAGUCAUUUUGGCAUUUUACUGCCAAUAGAUUUGCUACAUUAGUGCCACCUAGAAUAGAAGAACAUAUUUACAAAACAUGAGACAAGAAAUCCUGUUUUUCUUUUGAUAGAGGACUCAGUGCAGCGUUUCUGUGAGUGCUUAUGGCUGUAUUUGCAUAGACCUUUCUGAUAAAGCUUAUUUAGUUUUUACCUUUCCUUCUCCUUUAAAUAACAGCAGAAAUUAUCUGAGAAGAGCAAGGCUGCUACUGUGAGUCUGGCACCAGUGUAGUACUACCAUCCAAAUAACUAUUGCCAUAUGACUUGCCUAUAUGAUUCCUCCCCCCUGUCCUCCCGUCCCAAAAAAAGCACACAUGUACGUGAAAUAGCAAGCAGUGUAAGGGCAAAGAUAAGGAUCAGACAUGCCUGAAUCAAAAUGCACAGUGUCAGCAUUCCCCUCCUUGCUGCUGCCUCUGCUGAUAUCUCCCUGGCGUAUAAGCCAGACACAGCACAGAACUGUGGAAGCAGUCCUAAUACGCCCACCAUUCCAAACUUAGCACUCUGUCUGUUAUUUCCCUUCUAGCAGAGACCACACUGCUGAAAUAUUUCAAAUAUACCCAUUCUGAUAAGGAAUACUUGGCAUGCAGCAAUUUGCUAAUGACCUCCUUUAUAUAGAAACCCUUUGCUAUAGGUUGUGUCCAGCAAAGGGAGAGUUAAAUAGGAAUAACAAUAACAUAGCCCAGUUAUUAGCAAGAAGCAAUGCAGCAGAGACCUGACUGUAUAAUCUGCUAGGUAUGAGAGGACUCAGACGUAGGCUUGUUCUUUAAACCCUCUUAAUACCAGGGUGCACUUUAAUGACAUUCUUUCUGGUUCCCACCACAGUGUGGCCCUUGCUUAUUUCAGAUCAUUUUAGUGCUCAUAGUUACUCCUCUCCCCUGGCGUUGCGAUUUCUCCCCAGAGCACCCAAACCAGGGAAGGGUUAACUGCCGGCAAGCACUGGCUUGUUAUGUAUUGAAGUUACGUAACACAUUCCUUCUGGAUUGGCUUUUUUAAGCAAGUGCAAAACCGUAACACAUGACCUCUCGGCUUCCUUUCCUCUUUAUUUUAUAAAUCCCUGAUAUAUACCCCAGAAAUAUCACUAAUAAACUGUACAGAAUAUACA